CGACACUUCCGGUGCUAUCAUCCAACGUGAUUUGCGGUAAUUUCAGUAAACCCAUGCAGAAGUGUCAACGAUAGAUUGGUGAGUUGCUUAAAAAGUAAUCCACCUCAAAAAGGAAUGGAAUCCCAACUGCUAGACAUAAGCGACAAAUGAGCAACAAUUGCACUCAAUGGAUGUAUUGCCACGAUGUGAGAAACAAAUGCAAAGUGUUGCCUAACUAGCAGCGAAAUGCUAGUUUGCAACCGCCAUAACUUAGCUAGCUCGCUAGGUACGUUAACUCACUUAGCUUGUUUUGGUUAGCUUGUUAGCAUGCUAACUGGUUAGGUUUGACAGCACUCAAGAUUUGACAUGGACAUUUUAGCUAAGGUGCUGUUAUUUGGAUAGCAACAUACAGUAGCUAUACAAUAUUUGAGUACCAGGUUAUUAGCAUCGCUAGUUAACGUUAUCUAGCUAGGUAAAGUUAGCUUACCUACCGUGUGCAUUGCUAGCUACUAUAGUUGUCAACAGGAAAUACUUCCUACACUAAUAACUCAAAUCUUAAGCGGUCAUCUCCUGAUCUAACGUUGAUAUUGGUUAGAGAGAAUGGAGAACCACAUUUGACGGUCAUGUUUUUUUUGUUAUACUGGUAAUUAGGUACUAUAGCUAACUACUCAAAUUGCAAACUUGAGUUAAAGUGACUCUAAAGCAUAAAUACAAUGUGGCUUCAGCAAAGACUAAAGGGCCUACCAGGUCUGCUGUCAAGCAGCUGGGCUAGAAGAAUGCUCAUUGGACUGCUGUUUUUCCUAAUCUUCUACUGGUACCUUAGCUCAGACGGCGCUUUGAGGUUGUUCAGUGGCUUAGGCCAGUCGGGCGGGCCAGCUGGACAAUGCCUCCAGACUGAGAUCCACAGGUGGAAGUCACUGGUGGACCGGGGCGAGGGAAUCUACACUACUCCCCAGGAGAAAGCGGUCACGCCUUUCGUCUCAGGUAACGGCCAUUUCCUGGUGGACAUUGACUCCAACAGACUGUGGGUGGCCUCGUCCUCCCAGCCCGGCUCGGCCCCAGUUUACCAGACUGAGUACUCACCCAUAGUGGGCAUCCACGUCCCGGGGAUGCGGGCCAAGGCGAGGGCCACCAUGCUCUGGUUCCGCAAAGGGGCUGUCCUGUCCGUCCGAUGCGUCCUCCCAGGGGGAGCCGGCAGCUCCGGGUCAGCCCGUGACUGCCUCACCAUCCGAGAAGAGUUCAUCGCCCACCGCAGCCGGCCCAAUGUCUUCCUCCAGAGGAUCCACAUCAACAACCCCUCUGAGCGGGCCGCCACCAUGGAGGUGUCCACCGAAAUGCCCUCGUUCGGGAGCAAGUUCUCAGCCAGUGUGGAGAAGGUGGAGGACAAGGAGGUCGUGCUGUCAUCGGGCCGCGUGGUUCUGCCUGAGAAGAACCAGAUAGUGCUGGUGGUGGUGGCCACCAAUAAGCUUGGCAGCCGCAUCCAGGUGGCUGCCAAGUCAGAGUUUGCCGAGAAUGUGUUGUCGGUGGUGUGGAUGUCGGAGCCCAUCGAGUCGGCCAAGCUGGAGGAGACCUUCACCAGGCUCCGAGACGGAGCCAAGAAAGAACUGGGAGAGCUGCUGAGGGCCAACGUAGAAGAUCUGGUCCAGGACCACCAACAGGCCUGGAUGGACCUCUUCAUCUCUGGGGUGGAGAUGCGUAAGAUCACCGACGCACACACGCCAUCCAGCGCCACAGUCAACACCACGCUCUACUACGUCCUCUCGGCCUCGCCGGCUCCCCUGCUGGACCGCCGUCUUGGCACUGAGGAGCGCGCCCGUCUGGAGUCCAGCCUCAACUACGCCGACCACUGCUUCAGCGGGCAUGCCACAAUGCACGCUGAGAACCUGUGGCCGGAGCGGGUCAGCAGCGUGGCCCAAGUCCUGCAGCUGGUCAACCUGUGGACCCUCACCCUGCAGAAGAGGGGCUGCAAGGUGCUGGUGGCGGCGGGCGCCCACGGCGUUAUGCAGGGUGCCGUGCUCAGCUUCGGAGGCCUCUCAUUCAACGAAAACCACCUUCAGUUCCAGGCAGACCCGGACGUGCUGCACAACAGCUACGCGCUGCGGGGAAUCCACUACAACCAGGACCUGAUCAACCUAGCUGUGCUGCUGGACUCCGAGGGCAAACCCUUUCUGCACGUGUCAGUCAAGCCCCAGGAGAAGCCCGUGGCACUGUACGCCUGCGAGGCGGGCUGCCUCAACGAGCCGGUGGAGCUGACGUCGUCGCUGGUGGAGGCCAAGGGCCACGUGUUCCCUGUGAUGGUGACGCAGCCCAUCACUCCGCUGCUCUACAUCUCCACGGACCUUCGCCACCUGCAGGACCUGCGGCACACGCUGCACCUCAAGGCCAUCCUGGCACACGAGGAGCACAUGGCCAAGCAGUACCCGGGCCUGCCCUUCCUCUUCUGGUUCAGCGUGGCUUCGCUCAUCACUCUCUUCCACCUCUUUCUCUUCAAGCUCAUCUACAAUGAGUACUGGGGCCCCGGCGCCAAGCCCCUCUUCAGGAGCAAGGUGACGAAGCCAAGUGAGGAAAUGGAAGCUUAGGAAGCAGCCAUGACAUCACAGGUGCAGAGUAGCAGCCAGCGAAUUACAUUGCCAUAAAGUGUGUUACUGUUCAUGUCAUCUGAUUGGGGUCAUUAUUUGAUAAUGAUAUUUGUGUUGAGAUGGUCAACGUGUUGAUUUGACUUUCGACAUGUUGGAGCUGAAUUCAGAGAAUAAAGCUCACAUUGCCUGAUGAGGUCUUUCAUUGGCAAGGCAAGUGAAAGUUUGUCAUUCUUUACAAUGCUUCCAUUCAUUUUGUCAGGGCGACCUGUCGGUUUGAAUGAAUACCAUCAUCAUUCACAUUAUUGGUCCUGUUGGUAAAUGUUAAUAUCCAUCCUUGCUUUCUUACAUGGAAGUCUAACAUGGUCUAAAAUGAUUGCAUUGGUAAAGGGUUCCACUAUCUAGCUUUCACCAGUGUUGUUGUUACAGGGGAUGGAUUUUCUAAUUAUUUAAACAGGUCAAUUUCCUAUACCCCUGUAGUCUAUUUUCUGCCAAGCUUAAUAUAGUCAAAAUUAAGUAUAAAAAAAAUCUGAGGAUCAGCUUGUGCCGAGCAAGUGUCAAUUUAGUCUAAAGACCCAUUGAUAUCAAACUGAUGCUAAAUUAGCAGGUCCGUCCGGCAGUGUGCAUUGGGUCUUAAUUUCCUAGUGGAAAAAGUGAGUCUUAUUGGUGAAUUGCUCUGUCUGCCACUCAAUGCACUUCUUCAAGACCUCUGCUUCUGAACACCAAACAUUGCUAAGGUGACCAAAAUAUAUUCACUUCCUGAUCUUUUCCUGUCCCUUUACGGGAGAUGUAGUAGGCAUAGAAGUAGAAUCCUAGAAUAGGGGUAUAAUUUAUAUGGUUCUAGUCACUGCUUUGUGCUGUUUCUACCAUAUAGAAUUCUGGAAUAUGUGAGUCUUCCCUUCCCUGUUUUUCAUGACAUCUCAUGACUGAAAUGAUUGGCACCCUUCAUAAAGAUGGUAUAUUGUGUUUGCAUUUUUUGUUGUUGAAAUUAUAUUUUAUACUAAUACAAUUCCUCUGAAUUUUUAGUUUUUUUAAUAAGUAAUACAAAAUAUAUAAAAGAUGGGUACAUUUUUGGCACCCGUUUUCAAUACUCCGUUACCCUCCCCUUGUGAGGAUAACAGCACUGAGCCUUUUUAGGUACUGGGUUAUUUUCUGCUUAUCACAUCCUCCUUUCAAUACCAAACCCACCACUGGUGUGUGUGGCCAAAGAGCUCUAUUUGCAUGUCAUCUGAACAUAGCACUGGUUCCAAUCCAAGUCAGUGCCAAUGCCCGUUUAACAAACUCCAGACAUUUAUUGAAUGACAUGAAAAUAGAGCUCUUUGGUCACGCACACCAGUGGUGGGUUCGGUGUCAAAAGAAGGCUGUGAUGAGCAGAAAAAAACCUCAUACCUACUGUAAAAUAUGGUGGUGGAUCUUUUUUAUGGGCCUAUUUUGCUUCCACUGGUUAGGGCCUACAGCAUCAUGAACUUUACCCAGUAUCAGGACAUUUUAGCCAAAAACCUGGUUUCCUCUGCCAGGAGGCUAAAACUUGACCGCAAGUGGAUCUUCCAGCAAAACAAUAACCCCAAGCACACAUCAAAUUACACAAAGAAAUUUUUAAUUUAACACAAAAAUGUUUCAUUGCAAUGGCCAUCGCAGUCUCUGGACCCCAUUUGAAAACCUGUGGUAUGAAUUGAAGAGGGCAGUCUAAGAGUAGACAAAGGAUAUCAAGCUCUAGACUCUAUUAUGCAAAUUAAUCUACCAUGAUUGAGUGAAUUUAUACGCUUAAUAUUGUUUUUAAAUACUCCAAAAUGACUAGAUAAACUGAGUCUACCAAUCUGAUUUGUUGUGAAGUGUGAAUUGUUUUCUUGUUCUUAUGUAUUUUUCACCUUUGUUCAUAUAAAAUUUAAGGGCUUUUUUGAAUCCGUUAUUUUGAUUAUAACGAACUACUGAGUGUGCCUUUUUUUUAAAAUUAAUUUAUUCUGAUUACACCUACAGUUUGGUUGGAUUGUACUUGAAUAUAAUGUGAUUUGAGAGAAAAUAAAAAUGUAUGUGUAUGUUAUUGUAAAUUGAUUUGGAUAAAUUACAAAUGUAUGCAUAAAGAUUUUGUAUUAUACAUUUGUAAAUAUGUUCAAUUAAAGUAUGUUGUCAGAGAAAUUGUUAAACUAUUUUGUCAAAUCUAUGAAGUUCUAUUUGUAUUCAACAGUGAUUGACUUGGGCCGGAGCUGUCUGAAACGCUGUACCUUCUCUUCUAGUUUUGGGGGAAUUGCGUACCUGCUCCUCUGAUCAGAGCUGAAUGAAUAGCAAUGGAGAGUGGUCAUUCAUUUCCUCAUUCCGCUUGUUCCGGUGUAUUUGCCGCUAGUAUGUGAAUCUGUGAAAGACCGUAUGUUGUUAGAGAUUACACAAAUUGAAAAUGUGCCAGACUGAAUGACAUGAUGCACUGUUCCAAGUUGUCAAAUGAGGGUUUGCAAGGUCAUGGAAAUGAAUUAAAUCAUUGUUUUUAAUGUA